AUGUCUGUUUCACCGAAUGUUAGCACAGUAGACUCCGGUGUUUUACCAGUCCUCAACGAUUGUAGUUUUUCAAACCUUCAUGAAGAAGAUCGUUCCACCGAUCACACAAUCUCCGACGACUCUGUUGACCGUGCAAAUCCUGGCCAGGGCGAUCUCAGUUUGAUUUCAUCCUCCACUGGCGAACCUGGCAAACACUUGAUUGAACAUCAUGCUGUGGAGUGUGUUGAUGAUAGCUUACAUAGCUUGAGUUCCAUGGAUAUAUCUGCAGAAUAUAACGCAACCUCAGGCGCUGAAAACCCGGUUCCGUACUUUGAACUUAUAGAAGAUUUAGGGCGUAAAGAAGAAGGAACUCUCUACCGAGUAUUGAAAAAGUUAAUAGAUCCUAACUCACUGUUUACAUUUUAUGAUCAAUAUGAGGUUGUUAACUACCUCGAAGACCAAGUCACUUACAGCGGGUAUCAAUUAGUGCCUAGGUAUAUUGGCAGUGAAUGGAUAGUGCGUAAGAUAUAUGUACAUCACCGCGAGAGUGACGUUAAAGGACUCCGAUUCCUCAAGUUUCAUUCAUCAUGGGGCGAACUGCCUUCACAAGGUCGACCACAUUGUUUUGACCGCGCGCACAGCAACCGGUACGCCGCAAUGGCGUUGAAAGAAUUCAAACAAAUGUUCUUCAUUAAGAGAAGAGAUCAUAGCGAUAGAAUGAAUGCUAUACACCAGAAAUGGCACCAUGAGUGCUUAUCUUUGUCGAUUCAGCCCGUACAUAUAUUGCAGUCGACGGGUUCUACUUAUGAUGAUGAACCUAGAUGGAUGUUAUGUGAGGGCAUAACUGAUCAGUUUAGUCAUCGAUAUGUGCUGAAAGACAACUUCAACAACCUGCCAAUGGAAUAUCAACCGUGGACUAAAAUAAUUCAAGCUUUCAUACAUUAUGUGUACGAUCUCAGUGACAGCAAAACUGUGAUUUCCAACCUGGAUUGCGAUGAGCAUGGGAGGCUAAGCAAUGUCGUAUGCUUUACCAAAAACUCCACCCCAUAUCACAGCCGCGAAAGCUCAGCUAUGGCAGAUAUUGUCAACCGCGCGUUUGUACUAUUUCCUGAACAACAUGAUUGUAAUGAGCUGUGUGAACAUCUUGGAAACAUAAGAUUGAAAUGA